AUGACAUUGCUUAUCAAUCUCCGAUUCUCAAUCAAAUCAAUUAUCACACUUUAAAUGAUCGUUCCAUCAGUAGAGUUCAAGACCAGUAUUGUCUAUUCAUUUCUUUAGAAAACUGUUUAAACCACAAAGGGUUAAGGGCUUCAUCAUAAAGAACCACAAGAGGUACAGAAAAUUGAUUCUAGAGCUCUUAAAGCAGGUAAUCACCAUAAGAGUUUGAAUUUCCACAAGCCACUACUAGUUUGUCAUCUUUCUGGUAGUCAAUACUAGUAAAUUCUGUAUCGCCGUUUUCCCCGCCUUGUACAUCGAAAAAGCCAGAAAAGCAUGUUUACUGAUUAGGAUCAGAUUAACUAAUUAGAGUUAAAGAGCAUUGAUUACCAAAGAUGUAAUAAACUCAAUUGA